GGGGUCGACAACUUCAGAAACUGUCUAUAAGACACAUUUGUUGGUUCAAGUAGGUGCUAAGGCCUUUGAUAUGGUUAUUCUAACGAAGGAGCAACUUCGAGAAGCGGCCGAAGAAGGCCUCUGGCUCCCGCAGCUAGAACGUGAUGGCUGCGGAGUGGGAUUUGUGGUUUCCAUCAAAGGAAUCAAAACUCACAAGAUUCUCUGUGACGCCCGAACGAUGUUGGAACGGAUGGCUCAUAGAGGAGCAUGUGCUUGUGACAACGAUUCUGGAGAUGGCGCUGGAGUACUCACUGCGAUACCCGAUCUCAUGUACAGAAAGUCUGUUAUGGAACAAGAUAAUGUGGAGCUUCCACCGCCUGGACAAUAUGCCACUGGGAUUCUAUUUCUUCAUGAAGAUUCUUAUGCACAAGCGAAGGAGGCAUUUGCUGAUUUGGCCCGUGCAUGUAAUGUUCGUGUCAUCACCUGGCGAAAGUUGAGCACGAAUCGCGACUCUCUUGGGGCUGAGGCUAGAAAGACGGAACCGUUGAUGCGUCAGGUGUUUGUCACAGCUGAUUAUGUGGCAGAAGAUCCGGAGCGAUUCGAGCGUAACAUCUAUUUACUUCGAAAGCAAGCUGUCAACAACAUGGCUAAACAAAGUGUUGACUGCUACAUAUGCUCACUUAGUACUACUACAGUUGUCUACAAGGGUCAAUUUAAUACUCACCAACUAUAUCUAUACUACGAUGAUCUGAGGAAUCCUGAAUUCACUACACAUAUUGCCCUUGUGCAUUCACGUUUUUCAACUAAUACUUUACCUAGCUGGAGUAGGGCUCAGCCUAACAGGAUGAUUGCUCAUAAUGGAGAAAUAAAUACAUUACGUGGUAACAUCAAUCUAAUGCAUGCCCGAGAAGGCGUAAUGUCAAGCACGGUAUACGAAGAUGAUUUGGUGAAAUUGUACCCGGUUGUUGAAGAGGGUCUUACUGAUUCCGGAUGCUUUGACAAUGUCUGUGAAUUUCUUGUAAGAGCCGGACAACGAUCUCUGCCUGAGGCAGCGAUGACUAUGGUGCCCGAAGCAUGGGAAAAGGACGAGGAAAUGGACCAUGACAAAAGAGCAUUUUAUCGAUGGGCUGCCAUGGCUAUGGAACCGUGGGAUGGUCCGGCACUAUUGGCAUUUUGCGAUGGUCGUUACAUUGGUGCAAUUCUGGAUCGAAAUGGUCUUCGUCCAGCUCGCUACUAUCUAACCGCUGACGAUCACCUUUACCUUUCGUCGGAAGUCGGGGUGAACGAUCACGAUGUCGAAUCAGUCGUGAAAAAGGACCGAUUGAAGCCGGGAAGGAUGCUGUUAGUGGACACAUUUGCAAAGAAGAUCGAAACGGAUGAGGACCUGAAAAGGCGCAUAGCGCAAUCAAGACCACACAAGAAGCUCACAUCCAAAAGAGUUUACCUAGAUCUGCUACGUAAAGACGAUGUGUUAUCACAUGGUGCUGUAACAAACGAGUAUCUCAUCAAAUGUCACUUGGAAGCGUUGGGAAUUGAGAGCUCUCGAAAGAAGGAUGUGCACUUGGAUUCGGAUCGACGUCUGCCGCUGUACGCCUACACCCAUGACACCUUCAGUCUGUUAUUGGUACCGAUGAUUAAGGAGAAGAAAGAAGCUCUAGGAUCCAUGGGAAAUGACGCAGCUUUGGCAUGUCUGUCCGACUUCAGCCCGCUCUUAUUUUCGUAUUGCCAGCAACUUUUCGCUCAGGUUACCAAUCCACCAAUUGAUCCGUUCCGCGAACAGAUCGUGAUGAGUUUGAGAUGCCCUGUAGGACCAGAGUCAAACUUACUGGAACCAAAUCAAGAGCUGGAAAGCCGUCUAAUUCUCGAGCAACCCGUGCUUUCAAUGGUGGAUAUGGAGGUGAUCAAACGUACGAUGUAUAAGGGUUGGCGAAGCAAAGUCAUCGACACGACUUUCCCGGUUAGAUACGGAGUGAAAGGCCUAGUACCAGGACUCGAUAGAAUCUGUUGUGAAGCCUGUACGGCUGCUCUGGAUGGAUACCAGAUCCUGGUACUGUCUGAUAGAGCUGCCAGUAAGGAUAAUGUACCAAUAUCGUCACCUCUAGCUGUUGGAGCAAUUCAUCAGUGUUUGAUACGACAUCGCUUGAGAAUGAAGGUUGCGAUUAUGGUUGAAACCGGUGAGGCAAAAGUCAUCCAUGAUUUUUGUGUGCUUCUCGGGUUUGGAGCGGAUGCGAUUUGCCCGUAUAUGGUGUUUGAGACGAUGUACCGUCUUCGACAUCUUGGUCUGCUCGAUAAAGAUUUGAAUGAUGAUAUGGUAUUCCAAGGAUAUCGCCAAGGUGUUGAGCGUGGAAUAUUCAAAGUCAUGGCUAAGAUGGGUAUCAGCACGCUUCAUUCGUACAAGCAUGCGCAAAUCUUCGAAAUCGUUGGAUUGGCAAAGGAAGUGGUGGAUUUGUGCUUUAAAAACACUGUGUCGCGACUUGGUGGCGCCACAUUUGAAAUUCUAGCUGCUGAAGCUUUGAAGCGGCACAGAGCUGCAUUCCCAGUGGCUACAAAUGCUGACAAACAUGCCUACGGAGACUCCCGCGUUUUGGUGGCAUCGGGUACGUACCAUUGGAGAGCCGGUGGCGAGAAACAUGUCAAUGAACCUGAGGCGAUCGCGAAGUUACAGGCUGCGACCCGUACGAACAACCCGAAGACCUUCCAAGAGUACUCGCGUAUAUCCAAUUUGCAACAAAGGUGGUGUACCCUAAGGGGUCAACUAGAGAUCAAAACUAGCGACAAACUCCAAAUUCCUAUGGAUCAAGUGGAACCUGCUAGCGAGAUUGUUAAACGAUUUGUUACUGGAGCUAUGUCAUUUGGUUCAAUCUCUUGGGAAGCGCAUACGACUUUGGCGAUUGCGAUGAAUCGCAUAGGAGCGAAAUCUAAUACGGGCGAAGGAGGAGAGAAGCCGGAACGAUAUGCAGGCAAUCAGGAUCCGAACAAUAAUCUGCGUUCAGCCAUAAAACAGGUUGCUUCUGCUCGAUUUGGCGUCACAUCGUCCUACCUCGCACAUGCCGACGAACUGCAAAUCAAAAUGGCACAGGGUGCAAAACCUGGAGAAGGUGGUGAACUACCAGGUCACAAAGUCACCAAGGACAUCGCCGACACUAGGAAAUCCACAGCAGGAGUCGGACUGAUCUCUCCACCACCACACCACGAUAUCUAUUCGAUUGAAGAUCUCGCACAAUUAAUUUAUGAUCUCAAGUGUGCCAAUCCGGAUGCGAGAGUCAGUGUUAAACUUGUCUCCGAAGCCGGUGUUGGUAUCAUUGCAUCGGGUGUUGUGAAAGGUUUUGCGGAUCAUGUAACAAUUUCGGGUCACGAUGGUGGCACUGGAGCUUCUAGCUGGACUGGCAUCAAACAUGCUGGAUUACCGUGGGAGCUUGGUGUUGCUGAAACUCAUCAAGUAUUGACAAUGAAUAAUCUUAGGAGCAGAGUAACUAUUCAAGCUGAUGGGCAAAUACGAACUGGUCGUGACGUAAUGGUCGCUGCACUUCUUGGAGCAGACGAGUUCGGCAUGUCUACAGCACCGCUCAUUGUUCUAGGGUGCACAAUGAUGCGAAAGUGCCAUUUGAAUACUUGUCCUGUUGGUAUCGCAACCCAGGACCCAAUUCUGCGAGCGAAAUUUGAAGGAAAACCGGAACAUGUGGUGAAUUUCAUGUUUAUGGUAGCUGAAGAGGUUCGCUAUUUCCUCUCUCGACUCGGUCUUCGUACUCUUAACGAAGCGAUAGGACGUACAGAUUUACUUUAUGCGAGUCCGAACCCAGUCAACAAAAAGGCAACUUUGCUCGAAUUCGGUACCAUUCUGAAAAACGUGCAUCAUAUGUUCCCAAAUAUUUCGACUAAAAGUGGGACGAUCAAACAGACUGUCGAACCCGGGGAGCUGGAGAAGGAAAUCCUCAAGUCAUUGCCGAAAGUUUUCGCUGAACCUAGCUGUCAUCUAGAGAUCAAAGAUAAAACGAUCACUAAUCUUGACCGAGCGUUUUGCACAAGGAUCAGUUACGAGAUUUCGAAACGCUAUGGUGAAGAGGGACUGUCUGGCAAGAGGUCGAUAAAGAUCAAUUUGAAAGGAUCUGCUGGUCAGUCAUUGUGCGCAUUCCUCGCCAAAGGCAUUACCGUUGAGUUGGAAGGCGAUGCAAAUGACUAUGUUGGAAAGUGCCUUUCCGGAGGUACUGUGAUAGUAUACCCACCGAAGAAAGCCGUGUUCAAAUCAGAGGAAAACUCUAUCAUCGGAAAUGUUGCUCUUUACGGUGCAACGUCGGGUGAGUGUUGGUUCCGUGGAGUCGCUGGAGAACGUUUUGCCGUGAGAAAUUCUGGCUGCACUGCCGUUGUCGAAGCUGUCGGUGAUCAUGCUUGUGAAUAUAUGACCGGAGGAAGAGUGAUCGUGCUAGGACAUAUCGGAAAGAACUUCGCUGCUGCUAUGAGUGGUGGAAUUGCUUUCCUUUUCAAGCAGGGCGACCCAUUUACUAGUCGAAUUAAUGACGCCACAGUUGAUCUGGAUACUCCAGAUGAAGAAGAUUUGGUCUUUAUACGGGACAGGAUCAAGAAAUUUGUUGAACUGACCGGGUCUGAGUUAGGCCAGCGCAUUCUUGACCAGUGGCAAACUGAACAUGCAAAAAUCAUAAAGAUAUUCCCCAAAGACUACAAAAGAGUCCUGAAAGAGCAAGAGGAAGAAAAGAAGCGUCUAGCCGAAGAGAAGGAAGCUGCUGAGAAAGAGAAUGGCGAUAUGGAGGAAGGACGACCUCGCGAACGUGCCCUGUCCAUGGACAUGCAGAUCGCUCCGACACUCAUUCAUAAGAAGAAACUAGCAGCUAAGAAAAAACUUAGUAUCUCACAACGCAAACGUAAGCUAUCGCGAAAUCCUCGACCUCAGGAUAUAGCCGGAUUUGAAGACGAGGAAGACGUGCAAGAAGCUAUUGAAGAUAACGAAGAAGAAGAGACGAAAUCUGAUAAUGAUGAGGAAUUACUGUCAGAUGAUGAGCUUUUACACUCGAACGAUUUCUUGCAACAUGUGAACAAGGACGUCGAUAUUGAAAACAUCAUUGUACCUCCUCAUCUUAAGAAGAACAACGAGCCACUCGAUAAGCUGCGUGGAUUUGUUAAAUAUAAUCGGCAAAAGAAGUUGUAUCGAGCGCCUGAGGUACGUGUGAAGGACUGGGAUGAAGUCUACGAUUUUGAAUCUGUCAGAAGCAAUAUACGCGAGCAAGCUGCAAGGUGCAUGGAUUGCGGUGUUCCAUUCUGUCAGGGUAAUACCGGAUGCCCACUUGGAAAUAUCAUUCCGAAAUGGAAUGAUUAUGUGUUCAAGAAAAACUGGCGUCAAGCUCUUGAACAGUUGUUACAAACGAAUAAUUUCCCGGAGUUCACUGGAAGAGUUUGCCCGGCACCUUGUGAGGGAGCAUGUUGCUUAGCAAUCAGUUCUCCUGCUGUUACGAUCAAAUCCAUCGAAUGUGCCAUCAUCGACUACGCAUUUAUGCAAGGAUGGAUCAAAGCACGUCCACCAUUGGAAAAUACGGGAAAACGCAUUGCUAUCAUAGGAUCUGGUCCCGCUGGCAUGGCAGCCGCAGCUCAACUCAUCAAAGUUGGUCAUACGGUCGUAGUCUAUGAGCGGAAAAACCGCGUUGGCGGUCUUCUGAGGUAUGGAAUUCCUACAAUGAAGCUGGAUAAGUAUAUUGUGGAUAGACGGGUGAAGUUGCUUGAAGAUGAAGGCGUGCGUUUCUUAACGAAUACCGAGAUAGGAAAGCAUGUACCGGCUGACUUCCUUCUCAAGGACAACGACGCUAUUAUCGUUUGUACUGGAUCUACAACUCCCCGCGACCUUUCCGUGAAUGGACGUGACGCAAAAGGCAUCUGUUUUGCUAUGGAAUUCUUAGAGAAGAGCCAGCGUAGACUGAUUGGUGAUAAUGUUCCGUGGGAAGGAUUAGAUGCUUCUGGCAAACGAGUAAUUAUUCUCGGAGGAGGCGAUACAGCAACGGAUUGUAUUGGAACUUGUAACAGACUGGGAGCAAAAUCGGUGCGAGCUUUUGAGAUUCUGCCUAAACCGGGGGAUAAACGUAAGCCCGAGAAUCCAUGGCCGGAAUGGCCGGUGAUAUUCCGUGUGGACUACGGACACGAGGAGGCAAAAUUGAAAACUGGUCAAGAUCCCAGGACUUACUCGAUUUCGACAAAGGAGUUUGUUACUACGGAAAAUGCCGCUGGAAUAAAGGUUUUGGCAGGCCUAAAAGUUGUUGAGGUUGAGUGGGAGAAAGAUGAAAAGGGUGCAUGGAAACUUGUCGAAAAGUCAGACACAAUUCAAGUGGUAGAUUGCGAUCUUUGCAUCCUUGCCAUGGGCUUCGUUGGUCCUGAAAAGACUGUUAUCGAGCAACUAGGUCUGAAAAUGGAUCCGAGAUCGAACAUCCUCACUCCGGCAAACAAGUACAACUCUGAUGUAGAAAAGGUGUUCGCAGCAGGUGACUGUAGAAGAGGACAAUCGCUUAUCGUAUGGGCCAUUAAUGAAGGAAGGCAAGCAGCUAGACAGGUUGAUGAAUACUUAAUGGGCAAGACUACGUUAGCUGGGCCUGGAGGCAUCGUUACGGCUUCAAUGGCACACCAUAGUCAUCGCUAAUAAUGAAAUUUUUUGAUUCUGAGAAUGUAGUCACUAAGAUAGUAGUAACUUGGUUCAUGUUUAGCUUCCUAAAUUAUGCAUUUGCUGGUGUCAUCCGUAUUUGUCAAGCUCCGAUUGAAAUUUGAGGCAUUCACUAUCACAGAUUACUCAUCUGAAAUUGAUUUCGUUCAUUUUGAAUUCCAAAAAUCACGAGUAGCUAAAUGUUCUCGCUGCGCUUUUCUCUAAUUCCAGCAUGUUCAUAUAAUUAAUAGAUAUCGAGAUAUGUUUUCAAUAGAGUAGUUAUCGAGACUAUGUAAUGAUAAAGAAAUUCUGAAAA